AUGGAGAGCAGCGACCGGGACAUGUACCGCCAGUUUCAAGACUGGUGUCUCAGGACUUACGGGGACUCAGGAAAAACCAAGACGGUGACCCGUAAAAAAUACGACCGGAUCGUCCAGCUCCUGAACGGCUCCGAGUCGAGCUCCACGGAUAAUGCCAAAUUCAAAUUCUGGGUCAAAUCUAAAGGCUUCCAGCUCGGCAACUCGGACGAGGUCAGUGGUGGUGCUGGAGGAGGGAAGCAAGUGCUGUACGUGCCAGUCAAAACCACGGAUGGAGUAGGUGUAGAUGAGAAGCUGUCUUUACGGCGGGUAGCCGUGGUAGAAGAUUUCUUUGACAUUAUCUAUUCCAUGCAUGUUGAAACUGGGCCUAAUGGAGAACAAAUCAGAAAACAUGCUGGACAAAAGAGAACGUAUAAAGCAAUUUCAGAGACCUAUGCCUUCCUACCGAGAGAAGCGGUGACACGAUUUCUAAUGAGCUGCUCAGAGUGCCAGAAAAGAAUGCAUUUAAACCCAGAUGGAGCAGAUCAUAAAGAUAAUGGAAAACCUCCAACUUUGGUGACCAGUAUGAUUGAUUACAACAUGCCAAUUACUAUGGCUUAUAUGAAACACAUGAAGCUGCAGCUACUAAAUUCACAGCAAGAUGAGGAUGAAAGCUCUAUAGAAAGUGAUGAGUUUGAUAUGAGUGACUCGACUAGGAUGUCAGCUGUGAACUCUGACCUCAGCUCAAAUCUGGAAGAGAGAAUGCAAAGUCCUCAGAACCUCCAGGGCCAGCAGGAUGAUGAUUCAGCCGCAGAGAGUUUUAAUGGCAAUGAGACCGUGGGACACAGUUCCAAUGCUUCAGGGGGAACACACUGCAGGGAGAUGGCAGAAACCAACAGUAAUGGCAAAACAAAUCUGGAGCAGGAUGAGCAGCCUCUGAACCUGAGUGACAGUCCCCUCUCUGCUCAGCUGACUUCAGAAUACAGACUAGAUGAUCACAGCAGUAAUGGAAAGAACAAAUACAAGACUCUCCUAAUUUCUGAUCUCAAGAUGGAACGGGAGGCAAGAGAAAAUGGAAGCAAGUCCCCUGCACAUAGCUAUUCAAGCUAUGACUCUGGCAAGAAUGAGAGUGUAGGCAGAGGUGCUGAAGAUCUGUCUCUGAAUCGAGGAGAUGAGGAUGAGGAUGACCAUGAUGAGCAGGAAGAUCCUGAGAAGGUUAAUGAAUCAGAUGGGGUAGAAGCUGAACGACUGAAAGCUUUUAACAUGUUUGUCAGGCUGUUUGUAGAUGAAAACUUGGACCGAAUGGUCCCAAUCUCUAAGCAGCCCAAAGAAAAGAUCCAGGCUAUCAUUGACUCAUGCAGGCGACAAUUCCCUGAGUAUCAAGAGCGUGCCAGAAAACGCAUACGUACUUACCUCAAGUCCUGCAGGCGGAUGAAAAGAAGUGGUUUUGAGAUGUCACGACCUAUUCCCUCACACCUUACUUCAGCAGUUGCAGAGAGUAUCCUGGCUUCCGCCUGUGAGAGUGAAAGCAGAAAUGCUGCAAAAAGGAUGCGGUUGGAUAGACAGCAGGAUGAGGCUGCUCCAGCUGACAAGCAGUACAAACAGGAGCCAGCCCAGGUCACUUACUCAACAUCAGCUGUUUCCAGCUCACAGGAGGUGUUGUACAUCAAUGGCAAUGGGACCUACAGUUACCAUAGUUACAGAGGGCUCGGAGGUGGGCUGCUAAAUCUCAACGAUGCUUCUAGCAGUGGUCCAACAGAUCUCAGUAUGAAGAGGCAGUUAGCAACCAGCUCUGGAUCCUCCAGUAGUUCCAGCUCUAGACCCCAGCUGAGUCCAACUGAAAUAAAUGCAGUGAGGCAGCUUGUGGCAGGGUAUCGAGAAUCAGCCGCAUUUUUAUUGCGUUCUGCAGAUGAACUGGAAAACCUUAUUUUGCAGCAGAACUGA